CCAGACUCCAGGUAUCUACAUCUUCACUUCACAGACCCUUCCACCAUGAGACUGUAUCUGCUCCUCUCUACUCUAUUCUUCCUCUUGGACCUUUUACCCCAAGUUAGAAGCGGUUUAGGUGCGUCCGAGACGCUCUGCGUCAGUUUGCAGGGCACGUGCAGAAGAGACAUUUGCAAACUGAUAGAAGACGAGAUCGGUGCUUGCCGGAGAAGAUGGAAAUGUUGCAGGCUGUGGUGGAUUCUCAUACCUAUUCCAACGCCAGUUAUCUUCUCAGACUAUCAAGAACCCCUCCAGUCUAAGGUGAAGUAAGACCAUAGUGAACAGAAAGGACAGCUCACACGGCCAGCUAAAGCAAUGGAACCUGCACACCGAACACUUCCAGCUCUUUCAUCAGGUUUUAUUCAGCUUGCCAAUAAACAUAAAUAUUGAUUUCAAAU